AUGGAGUUUGUCAGUUUGGAGCACUUUAAACAUGGUGUCAAAGACUACAAUAUAAGUCUUGGGAGGCAAUUUAUAUGGGUUAAGAAUGACAAGGUAAGAGCAAGGGCCAAAUGCUCAAAUGAAGACUGUGAGUGGAUGAUAUAUUGUUCCCGGAGUAACAAAUUCAAUUGUUUCCAAGUCAAGACAUUCAAUGAUAACCAUUCCUGCUGCAGAAUUCUCAAAAAUAAAAGGGCCACCGGGGAUUGGGUUGCUGCAAAGUUGGAGAAAAGGCUGGUCACACAGCCCAAUAUGACAAGGGCAGAAGCUUAUGAGCAUUUAAAGGAAGAGUACAAGGUCUAUGUUCAUCUGAAGAAAGUCACAAAGGCACUACACAAAGCCAAGAGAAGAAUAGAAGGACAUGAGAAGGAACAGUAUGACAAGCUAAGGGACUACCUGGCUGAGCUAUUGAGGAGCAACCCUGGCUCCACUUGCCAGAUGCAAGUAAUACCACAACCAGUCCCUAAUAGCCCACCUAUUUUUUCUAAACUAUAUAUAUGCCUUGAUGCCUGUAAGAAAGGAUUCAAAGAUAGGUGUAGGCCAUUGAUUGGCCUGGAUAGAUGUUUCUUAAAAGGCUAUUAUGGGGGACAACUCUUGAGUGCAGUGGGAGAGGAUGCAAACAAGAGCUUUUAUGUCAUUGCUUUUGCAGUUGUUGAUAGUGAGAUUAAAGAAAAUUGGAAGUGGUUUCUGAACUUGUUACAAGAGGACAUUGGCAGCCAUGUAGUACAUGGAUGGAACUUCAUUUCUGAUCAGCAAAAGGGAUUGAUACUAGCAUUACAGGAGGUCAUGCCAGGUGGCCAUCAUAGGUUUUGUGUGCAGCACGUGUGGAAGAAUUUCAUUAAACAAUAG